AUGCUGCACACGCAGCCACUCUCGUACGCUCAGCGCGCAAAGAACGCUCAGAACAAGUCAAAUCAUGGCGACGACAGUCCACCCACUUCACCCACUUUGGCAGUCAAAGCUCUCUCCAUCGUCGCCGCUCACAAGGACACGACCAUCGUGAACUUUUGGAGUCAAAGGAAAGAGAAGAUGGCGGCGGCUGCUGCAGCUGCUGCAACCCAUCCUCAUCCUCAGCGACAGCAACAACAAAAGACCGUUCCAUCACGCGACAACACCACCACCAACGGCGUCGAUACGAAUAGCUGGCCAGAGGUCGGCAAGGUUCUCGAAUCUGCGAGUGGCACGACGACGGAUGAACAACAGGAAAGGGAGAAGGAAAACGUGUCACAUACCCCGAGGAAAACGAAAUGGGUUCCUAUACCCCCAGAAGAGCUCCAAGCAACUGCAGACGCACUCCGAGUAAAAUCAGCAAAAUCUUCUCGCUCCAAUUCACGGAGUAACAAUAAACGAAACACCACCAAUGCCAAUGCCAAUGGAUCAACCCAGAACCAAUCAGGGCGCCAAUCGACGCCAGCAAGCACAUCUCACUCACGCGUGAACAGCCGCUCUGCGAGCGUCCAUUCCAGCCCUCACUUGUUUGCUCGUGGUCGGCGAUUGCCUGAUGAUCAGGAUCACUCCGUCCCUCCCGUACCGACUCUCAAUGGAACCAAUGCAAAUGGUGGUGGUAUGAAAGCGAUAACAACAACGAAAGACGACGCGUAUAGACCGUAUCAACCACAGCCUUACCUACCCUCCCCUAUCACCAUCACGAGGAACACAUCAACGGGCUCACCGACGUACCCGUACCCGCACCCGAAUUACCCUGCGUUUGAGUAUCCUUCAGCUGGCUCUUCGCAUCACCCGCUAUCAGCGAUGCCUGCGCCACAGACGAUGCCGGUCCCGCAACCUUAUUGGUUCCAUCCCAAUCCAUCUUCGGGGCAACAUAGUCCGAAUUACCCACCACAUAAGCAAGCACAAGGGAUGUAUUCGAUGCCUCAGCCUGUUGUACAUCGCCAUGCAAGCGGGAGGAAACCACCUGAACAAGCAGCGCCUGUCGUUGUGUAUGGGUACGAUGUUUCCAACAGCAUAAUAACACUAGUCCAGCCUGUUUAA